AUGGAGUCUGGAGCGGAAUCAGAAUCAGAAUCACAACUUUCUGCCCCACCACCCAAGACAUUGAGUCGACCUGGCACCCAAGAAAUUGUUGUUUCUACAAACAACAAAAAAACAGUUGCCAUCAAGUCUUCUUCAUUGACUCCAGCAUCUUCCUUGUCCCACCUUAAAUCUAAGCAGCAAGUUCCCAGUAAAACUGUAUCAUCUGGGACACAUAGAGCCAAAAAAGUAGGCAGUACAACUAAUUCUAUGUCAACAGAAGAAGAGUCUCAACCCACAUCCUCACACACACAUUCCAUAGGCCAAAAGAAAACAGAAAGGACAGACCAGUCAUUUCAGAAUUUGGACUCUGAAAUGCCGGAUGUAAACCAGAAGAAACCUGUAUCUUCUGAAGAAAACACAAGCCCACAUUCCAUAUCUGCUUUGAAACAUGAGGUGAAGGCAUCAUGCAGCAUAAAGAUUCCAGAACAAGAAGUCGGCAAGUUCAGUCAGCCAGUCAUUAUCUGUGAUAUAAGUGAGCUUCCCCAAACUGGGACAGAGGGCAAAACUAAUCAAAAGGGUGUGGACAUCCCCAGUGACAGUGAAGAAAAUGAAUUCAGGUCUCAGCCUUUGGAAAGCCAGGAGGAUAGCUCCAGCUUGCUAAGCCAGGAUGCAAUAGAUGAUACUUCUAACACAGCUAUCAAUCCUGAUUGUGAUAGUGAAGGCAAAGAGAGCCAGACUAGUGACUCUGAUUCUGAUGGGCCCAUCCUGUACACAGAUGAUGACGAUGACGAUGAUGACAGCUCUGAGAGAAAGGGAAGAGGAAAGAAAGUCUGUCCCUGUGCGGAAAUCGAGCAGGCUGGAAGACUUGAUUAUCUAGAAAAAGCGGGACAGGGAAUUAAUACAAAGAGUCACGAGCCCCUAUUCAGGUUUCGAUCUAAAAGUGACACUUCUUCAUUCAACCGAGUCCGGUUGCUGAGUAUGAAUGUUGCAGGAUCAGUUGAUGGGUUGGAUAAAGCUACUUUUACAAAUUGUGAUACACAAAACUCAGGCAACCAGACACCCCCUCUAAAAAGGAAAGGAAGACUUUCUUCUAUAGGUAAAAUCUUUAAGCCAUGGAAAUGGAGAAAGAAGAAGGCUAGUGAGAAGUUCAUUGAGACUUCAGCAGUAUUAGAAAGGAAGAUAUCUAUGAGACAGAGUCGAGAAGAGUUAAUACGAAGAGGAGUCCUAAGGGAGAUACCAGAUCAAGAUAGCGAUGUUCCUGAUAAUGUGGGAGAGUCCAAUGGUCACACUGUGCCAAUCAGUGAGGAACCCCCUAGAGAAAAAAGUCCAGCAGCUGAAAAUGGGACAGUAGCAUUGAAAUCGCAUUCUUUAGAAGAAAAAGUGGAAGAUCCUACAGAGAGACCUAACAACUGCCCAGAGAUGCUGCCAACCACUGCUCCAUCUCAGCUUAAACAAAAAAAACCUAACAUUCCUCCUAAAACUGUAGCAGCUACUGGCAGUCAUAAGAAAGUUGAUUCAGCUGCAAAACAUACUGUAGCAGUACCUAAUAAACAGCCACCGGCAGUUCUUCCUAAGCCAACCAAUCGAACAACUUACCGUAGCACUGAGCAAAAUAAAACAACUGGAGCAGCACAGCUCAAAGCUAAAAAAACAGCUACAUCUUCCAAAAGUACAACUCACAGUCCAAGCCAGAAAAAAGAUGAUCCACCCCAGAGAAAAACAACCAAGGGCAUCACAAAACAUACUUCUGUCCAUCACAAUUGGUGCCCCACGUUGGGCGCCAAAAAUGUUAAGGACAGAAGUAUGUCCUAA